AGGCCGCGGCCGGUCCGGCGGGUGUGCGCAGGCGCACCGGCGCGCGCCGGCCGUCGGUCACGUGGCCCCCGGCCAGGGCUCGCGAAGCCGGAAGUGCCCCGAGGCUCCGGGAGGCCGCGGGAGCCCGUCGGAGGUGCUGCGACGGACGUGGGCCGGCGCGCGUAACAAGAUCUCCUGACCAAGCCGAGAUGCAGAGCACUUCCAAUCAUCUGUGGCUUUUAUCUGAUAUUUUAGGCCAAGGAGCUACUGCAAAUGUCUUUCGUGGAAGGCAUAAGAAAACUGGUGACUUAUUUGCUAUCAAAGUGUUUAAUAACAUAAGCUUCCUUCGUCCAGUGGAUGUUCAAAUGAGAGAAUUUGAAGUGUUAAAAAAACUCAAUCACAAAAAUAUUGUCAAAUUAUUUGCUAUUGAAGAGGAGACAACAACAAGACAUAAAGUACUUAUUAUGGAAUUUUGUCCAUGUGGAAGUUUAUAUACUGUUUUAGAAGAGCCAUCUAAUGCCUAUGGACUGCCAGAGUCUGAAUUCUUAAUUGUUUUGCGAGAUGUGGUGGGUGGAAUGAAUCAUCUCCGAGAAAACGGCAUAGUACACCGUGACAUCAAACCAGGAAAUAUCAUGCGUGUUAUAGGGGAAGAUGGACAGUCUGUGUACAAGCUCACAGAUUUUGGUGCAGCUAGAGAAUUAGAAGAUGAUGAACAGUUUGUUUCUCUGUAUGGCACAGAAGAAUAUUUGCAUCCUGAUAUGUAUGAGAGAGCAGUACUAAGAAAAGAUCAUCAGAAGAAAUAUGGAGCAACAGUUGAUCUUUGGAGCAUUGGGGUAACAUUUUACCAUGCAGCUACUGGAUCACUGCCAUUUAGACCAUUUGAAGGGCCACGUAGAAAUAAAGAAGUGAUGUAUAAAAUAAUUACUGGAAAGCCUUCUGGUGCAAUAUCUGGAGUACAGAAAGCAGAAAAUGGGCCAAUCGACUGGAGUAGAGACAUGCCUGUUUCUUGUAGUCUUUCUAGGGGUCUUCAAGUUCUACUUACCCCCGUUCUUGCAAACAUCCUGGAGGCAGAUCAGGAAAAGUGUUGGGGUUUUGACCAGUUUUUUGCAGAAACUAGUGAUAUACUUCAUCGAAUGAUAAUUCAUGUUUUUUCACUGCAACAAAUGACAGCUCAUAAGAUUUAUAUUCAUGGCUAUAAUACUGCUACUGUAUUUCAUGAACUGGUGUAUAAACAAACCAAAAUUAUUUCUUCAAACCAAGAACUUAUAUAUGAAGGACGACGUUUAAUCAUAGAACCUGGAAGACUGGCACAGCAUUUCCCUAAAACUACUGAGGAAAAUCCCAUCUUUGUAGUAAGUCAGGAACCUCUGAGUACCAUAGGAUUGAUAUAUGAAAAAAUUUCCCUCCCUAAAGUUCAUCCACGUUACGAUUUAGAUGGGGAUGCUAGCAUGGCUAAGGCAAUAACAGGAGUCGUGUGUUAUGCCUGUAAAAUUGCCAGUACUUUGCAGCUUUAUCAGGAAUUAAUGCGAAAGGGGAUACGAUGGUUGAUAGAAUUAGUUAAAGAUGAUUAUAAUGAAACUGUUCACAAAAAGACAGAAGUUGUGAUCACACUGGAUUUCUGCAUCAGAAACAUUGAAAAAACUGUGAAAGUAUAUGAAAAGUUGAUGAAGAUCAACCUAGAAGCAGCAGAGUUAGGUGAAAUUUCAGACAUACACACCAAAUUGUUGAGACUUUCCAGUUCUCAGGGAACAAUAGAAACUAGUCUUCAGGAUAUCGAAAGCAAAUUAUCUCCAGGUGGAUUACUGUCAGAUACAUGGGCCCAUCAAGAAGGCACUCAUCCAAAAGAUAGACAUGUAGAAAAGCUACAAGUCCUGCUAAAUUGCAUCACAGAGAUUUACUAUCAGUUCAAAAAAGACAAAGCAGAACGUAGAUUAGCCUAUAAUGAAGAACAGAUCCACAAAUUUGAUAAGCAAAAACUGUAUUACCAUGCAACAAAAGCUAUGACCCACUUUACAGAUGAAUGUGUUAAAAAAUAUGAGACAUUUUUGGAUAAGUCAGAAGAAUGGAUGAGAAAGAUGCUUCAUCUUAGGAAACAGUUAUUAUCCCUAACUAAUCAGUGUUUUGAUAUUGAGGAAGAAGUAUCAAAGUAUCAAGACUACACAAAUGAGUUACAAGAAACUUUGCCCCAGAAAAUGUUUGCAGCCUCCAGUGGAAUCAAACAUACCAUGACCCCAAUUUAUCCAUGUUCUAAUACCUUAGUGGAAAUGACUCUUGGUAUGAAGAAAUUAAAGGAAGAAAUGGAAGGGGUGGUUAAAGAACUUGCUGAAAAUAAUCAUAUUUUAGAAAGGUUUGGCUCUUUAACCAUGGAUGGCGGCCUUCGCAAUGUUGACUGUCUUUAGCUUUCCGGGAGUUUAAGAACAGUUUUAGUUUGCACAAGAAAAAAUGCUGAGGCAUUAAAUGAAUGCCUGUAUAAGUGGUCUCUUAUUUCUACAAUUCAGUAUUUGAUGUGGUCAUGUAAAUAUGUACAGUAUUGUAAAUACAUAAAAAAUAUAUAAAUUUUUGGCUGCUGUUAAGAUGUACUUUUACCUUUUAACAUUUAUAAUUAAAUGAGGACAUUUGACCUCAGUGAGCACUAGAAGAAAGCCAUGACUGAUAUGUUGAAAUACUGAUCCUCUACUCUUCUGAGUAAGGCUGAGUUCUACAUCUCUGACUGCCUAUUGGAAACAUUUUUUAAAUGGAACCAAAAUUGUCAUCCUUACAAAUAGAAAAGACUGAUAGUUGACACGUUUAUAAGUGAUAAAAUGGAGAAGUGGCUUCUUUGGGUGAGGAGCCAAACCGAACCACUAUUUUAUUAGGAUCACAAUUUUGGGGGAAGGAUAAAGUGACAUCAUUUCAUUUUACAAGGUGCCAAGAUCCCAGUUAUCGUCAUUUUCUGUUUAAUUUCAGAUAAAGUAUUGAGCAAAAUUUUUAAAGUGAUUUAAUUAUUAAAAACUAUUGAUUUUAUUUUGGCCAUAAGUGUAUAACUCAUAAAAAUUUUAGAAUUAUUUCCACUGUGUUUCAAGCUGUAUGUUUCUUGUUUAAUUUAAUUCUGCUUACUCCAUCAUGAAAAAAUAUCAAUAAAUUUCUCAAUUUUAAUGUAAAA